AAAGGGCAGCGGGAGCGUGGCCCUGCCUGUCCAGCCCCUCCCGGGGAUUUUGGGACAGCGGAGGAAGGAGGAGGAGGGACAGGAGGAUACCUGGGUGUUCCUCAAGCUUCCCGGGCUCCUUCCCAGGCCAUGGCGGCCACCACGGUGACGGAUUCCGGCGGCGUGAGGAUCAUCACGGAGGUGAUCCCGGCCACGGAUCCCCGGGCGGCACAGCUGACGUCGGGAUCCAGGGCAGCUGCGCCUACCAGGACGUCGCUCCCAGUCCAAGGCUUCCGGAGGGCUCAUCCCAAGGUGUUGGGGGUGAGACACAGCAUUCCUGGGGAUCGGGGAUCCACAGGGAUUGUCCUGCUGGAGACCAUCCACAUCUUCACCGGGAUCAUCCACAUCUUAUUUGGGAUCAUCCUGACAGCAUCAGAGCAUGAAAACCCUUCCCUGCCCGUGGCCAGCGGGAUCCUCUUCUGGCUCGGGAUCCUGCUCCUGAUCUCGGGAUCUUUGCUGGUGGAAAGUGAAAAGAGAGACAACCUCGUGCUGGUGCGGACCUGCUGCGUGCUCAACGUGGGUGUCGCCCUCGGGGCGCUGGUGGCCACCGCGGUGCACGGCACGGCCAUCACGCGGCUCCCGCCCGGCUGCGAGCGCCGCCUGCCCCUCCACAUCCCGCCGGAAUGGUGCCUCAGCACCCACACCAAGAUCCUGAGCAAUGGGCUGGAUUCCACCUUCGUGCUCCUCAGCCUCCUGGAAUUCUGCGUGGCCGUGGCGGCCCUGGCGUUCGGAUACGAGGCCGUCCGGCAGCACAGCUACACCCACAUGGCGCUGUAGCGAUGGACAACCCUCCCCCCCCGCCCUCCAAGGACCACCGGACCACCCCACGGAGGUGCCGCAUCCCCGAGGGGGUCACCGGUACCGGAGCCUCGGAGCCCCCCUUGCCCGCCCCAGUGCCCCCAAUAAAGGCCUCUCCCCCC